GCCCAGGUCUCGCGAGAGCGCGGCGGCUGUCCUUCCGCUCGGCAGCGGAAGUGGGGUGUCGGCAGCGGCCGUUGCCAUGGAGUCCGCGGAGGACUGGCUGGUGGAGUCCUUGCGUUUGUACCAGGAUUUCCAUGCAUUCGACCUGUCGGGAGCCACUCGAGUCCUUGAAUGGAUUGGGAACAAAGGAGUCUUUGUUGCUGGCUAUGAAAGCCUGAAAAAAAACGAGAUUCUUCAUCUCGUAUUGCCUCACCGACUUUCUGUAAAGGAAAACCAGGGCUUAUUCCCGGAAAGAGACUUUAAAGUGUGCCAUGGAGGGUUUUCAGACAGGUGUGUUUUUGCUCUAAAGCACGUGCCAGAUACCAGGUUGCUGGUGACCAGUGGCCUUCCGGGCUGUUACCUGGAGGUGUGGCAAGUCUCAGAGGACAGUGAUGUCAUCCAGGUUGUUAGCACCGUUGCUGUGCAGGAGGCAGAGGGGAGCCUCUGGCCUCGGGUGGCCAUCUUCGCCUCCACGGCUCCCGGGAUCCUCCACGGCAGGAGGCUCAGUGACCUGCAGAUCGUGGAUCUGGAGUCGCAGAAGACCACGUACGCCUCAGGUGUCAGUGACCGCGAGGAGCUGAGUAGCCUGCAGGUCCUGGAUGGAGACACCUUUGCUUUCUGCUGCACCUCGGGCCGCCUGGGGCUCGUUGACGCCCGCCAGAAGUGGGCGCCGUCAGAGAGUCUCCGCCCUGGCCCCAGCUUCAGUGGACAGAGCUGGUGUGCAGACGUGGGGGGCAGAGGCCAGGCGCCUGGGCCCAGCAUUGCCAGUCUUGGCUCCAAUGGGCAGCUCCGCCUUCUCGACCCCCGGGACCUGAGCCGCCCUGUGAGCUCAGUCCAGUGCCCAGUUCCCACGCCUAGUCCUGACCCGGAGCUGCUGCGAGUGACUUGGGCCCCGGGUCUCCAUAACUGCCUGGCCAUUUCAGGCUUCGACGGGACGGUUCAGGUCCAUGACAUCACCGCCUGGGCUGCAGCAGGGAACCAAGUGGAGCCGCACUUCACGCACAGCGGCCACCUCUUCCUGGACGGAAACGGGGCGGGGCCUGCUCCGCUGGUCACCACCCACACCUGGCACCCCUGCAAGCCGAGGACCUUGCUGUCAGCAGCCAGCGACGCCUCUCUGCACGUGUGGGACUGGGUGGCGCCGGAGGCCUCCUGCUGACGCCGGCUUCUCAGCAGGGAGGAGGGGCUGUUGCAGUGGCUGCUGGUGCAGACUGGUGGCUGCAGGUCCCCCUGCCAGCCGGGUGGCCUCCGUGAGCCGUGAGGAUGGUGAUAGCGGGAAGAGCUCACGAGUGCAACGUGUCCUGUGAAGAAAACGACGCAGGGCCCAGAGGCAGCUGGGGGCAUUCUGGGAACGGCAGUGGAAACAAGUCACGCCGUUCCUGCCGGGUGAACAGCCGAUGCUACAACAGGACCACUUUGAGCCGUGGCUCCACGGGGCCGCAGGUCCAAAGGCGGCCUGGUUCCUGCCCGGCUGGGUAAGGCCCGUUGUUCAGCUGAACCAUGGUUUGCCUGUGUGUGUCCAGUCCCCUGUUGGAUGACAAUGAAAGUUUUCUCGGCUUUUGCUGUUAUAAAUAGUGCGAUGAAUAGCUUUCGUACCCGUGAGCAGGACGCCUGCCUGGCGAUUCCAAGAAUAGAAUAGACUCGUGCGUUUGCAGGCUGUGUAAGUACUGUCAAGGAGCCGCUUUUGGCCCCUGCCAACAGAGGUGGGGCCGCUGUCGUCUGCCUCCCCUCCAACAAAGUCUGUUUGCUGACGCUUUGACCUUGGCCGGUCUGAUCCGUGAAGUCAGCGUUUACAGCUUCAGGUUGAAGCUUCUUAUCUGCGAGGUUGAGACCCUGCACACUCUAACGCCUGGGGACAAUCGUUUCUGAAAUGGUAACAGCCACAAUAUGGGGAACUCGGCCCCGUGACCCGGCACCACCUGCGGCCCUGGAGUUCUGUCACCCUCUCUUGGCAGUCCUCACCGCCACUGACACUGCCUCUCGGCCUUCCCCAGGGCGGGGCUGCCCCACACCUGUCCCCACAGUAGCGUGGGCCCUGGGACAGUCCCUUAUCGGGGCCUGUAGCGAGCAGGAAAGUCUCAAGCGUGUCCCCAUUAAAUAGAAUUUCUCACUAGCAUUUACUGAAGGAUUUUAGCGAUUUUGCUUUAAAAUUAUUUGAUUACUUAUCACAUUUUGCACUUUGAUUUGUUUAAAAAUACCUCCACUGAGAUUUAAUUCAUAUCCCAUUUUUUAAAAACAGUUCCUGGCCGGUGCUGCGGCUUACUUGGCUAAUCCUCCGCCUUGCGGCGCCGGCACACCAGGUUCUAGUCCUGGUCGGGGCACCAGAUUCUGUCCCGGUUGCCCCUCUUCCAGGUCAGCUCUCUGCUGUGGCCCGGGAGUGCAGUGGAGGAUGGCCCAAGUGCUUGGGCCCUGCACCCGCAUGGGAAACCAGGAGAAGCACCUGGCUCCUGUCUUCGGAUCAGCACAGUGCGCGCCGGCCACGGCGGCCAUUGGAGGGUGAACCAACGGCAAAGGAAGACCUUUCUCUCUGUCUCUCUCACUGUCCACUCUGCCUGUCAAAAAAAAAAAAAAAAAACAGUUGCUGGCUUUGGCCUGGCCGUGGAGGCCCUUCCCCUCUGUGUCAUUCUGGCUUUCAAAUAAAAUUUUUUUGAAAGGUC